CUCCGUACCGGGGCCAUGUGCGCACCGGCCGCCCCCCACGUGGGAACUGAGCGGGACGACCCGGAAGCGAUUCUACGGCGGCCGAGCGGGACCCUCGAAGCGUUGGGAUUGGCCGGGCGGGCCACGCGCGCCGCUGGGAUUGGCCAGCUCCGCGCUGUUGCUAUGGUUACCGGGAGGGCGGGGUGGUGGUCCCGGAAGCGCCGCUCCGGAAGCGGAGCCAUGGCGGCUGUGGCGGCGGUAACGCUGCUGCUGCUGGUGCUAACGGCGGCGGCGGCGCUGACGGGAGGCGACGACUCGGACUGGGUACGGCUGCCCAGCAAGUGUGAGGUGUGCAAGUACGUGGCGGUGGAGCUUAAAUCCGCUUUUGAGGAGACCGGCAAGACCAAGGAGGUGAUCGACACCAAGUAUGGCUUCCUGGACGGGAAGGGCUCUGCCGUCAAGUACACGCAGUCGGACAUCCGGUUAAUCGAGGUGACGGAGAACAUCUGCAAGCGGCUCUUGGAUUACAACCUGCACAAGGAGAGGAGCGGCAGUAACAGAUUCGCAAAGGGCAUGUCGGAGACGUUCGAGACCCUGCACAACCUGGUGCACAAGGGCGUCAAGGUGGUGAUGGACAUCCCCUACGAGCUGUGGAACGAGACCUCUGCUGAGGUGGCUGACCUCAAAAAACAGUGCGACGUGCUGGUGGAGGAGUACGAAGACGUGAUCGAGGACUGGUACAGGCACCACCAGGCAGAGGAUCUCUCCCAGUUUCUCUGCGCCAACCACGUGUUAAAAGGGAAGGACACAAGCUGCCUGGCAGAGAAGUGGACUGGCAAGAAGGGUGAUUUGGCCAGCGCGGGGGAGAAGCAGAGCAAAAAAAAGAGCGGGAAGAAGAAGAAAAAGGGCCGGAAGGAUGAGGACGAGGGAGCUGCCACCCUCCCCGCUGCAGGGGAGGCCCUGGAGGAGAGCGGGGUCCAGGAGGAGGCUCCGCUCCCCCACAGCCCAUCCGAUGAGCUUUAGGGACGCAGCCCCAGCCCCCGGCGGUCUCACCCCGCCGUCUCCCGCGGGUACCAAAGGAAAAGGGACUUUGCGGCGCGGUGUGAGCGACUGACCCCGGGGAGGCCGGAGACUUGGGGGUGGGGGGGGUGAUCCUACGAGCAGGGGUGGUGGGUGACACGGAGCCACCGACCCGACGCUGCUGGGGUUCCGGCUACGGGAGGGGCCCUGGGGGGUCGGCUCCUCGUCCUGCCCGCGUUGCCCGCACCUUGCCCGGACUGUAAAUAAAGCCGUUUUCCCCAGAA